AUGGCGGACCUCGUCAGGCCUUUAUUUGUGUCUACCAUACGAUUAGGCAAAUAUGCUGACCCCGCCGUCUCUCUUAGUGACAUCAACGCUCUCAUACUUGACUAUCUUACAACCGAAGGCUACCCGUCAGCUGCUGCUAAGUUCUCGAAAGAAGCGAAUCUUCGGCCACAGCAGGAGGAAGAGUCUGUGAGGGCACGUCGACAGAUCCAACAUUCUAUUCAUCUUGGAAGCAUUCAAGAAGCUAUCGAUGAGCUGAAUGAUCUGGAGCCUCAUGUGCUUGAUGGCAAUCCUUCGUUGCAUUUUGCACUUCUUCGACUGCAACUCGUUGAGCUUAUUCGAGUUUGCAACUCCACCCCGGGAGCCGAUAUCACACCAGCGUUGUCUUUUGCAACCAAAGAGUUGGCACCUCGAGCUCCGACAAACCCAGAGUUCUUGGAAGAUUUGGAGAGAACUAUGGCCCUCCUUGUCUUCCCACAGGAAAGCCUAGAACCUCAAUUAGCUGCUAUUCUGCACCCUGACCUACGAAGAACCGUAGCAGAUCGGGUCAACAAGGCUAUUCUGAGUUGUCAAAACCAGCGGCGAGACGCUGCCAUCAGAAACCUCGUGCGACUGCGUGCUUGGGCCGAAAACACUGCACGAGAUUCCAAGAAGGACCUUCCGGCCCGCAUUGAGCUAGGCUUAGAUGCCAGAAAUGACGGUCGUGGGGACAGCCCUAUGAUUAGCUGA